AUGACUACGUUGCUACAGGUCAACCUUAACCACGCUCGUCAGGCGCAGGAUUUAUUUUCGCAUAGCCUGAUGGAGCGGGGUUGUGGAAUCGGGGUUGCGGCGGAGCCUUAUUUUGUUCCACAAGGACACCCAUGCUGGGCGUCCGACCAGAGGAGCUCCGUUGCGAUAACCUGGCUGAGGAACAAAAACUCCCCGCCGGCAUCUAGGUUGGAGAAUGGGGAAGGCUACGUGGCGGUCCAAUGGGGACGCAUCUCGGUGGUCGGGGUUUAUAUCUCACCGAACAUCGACCUCGCCCGCUUCGAAGACAGAUUACAGAGCAUCGGGGAGUGCAUCAGGAGAUCUCCCCUCCCACGACCUGUCAUUAUAGCGAGGGAUUUCAAUGCCAAAUCGGCACUUUGGGGUUCCCCGCUUACCAAUCGAAGGGGCGGGGUAUUAGAGGAUUGGGCGUCACUCGGCCUCUGCAUAUUUAACAGAGGCUCGAGGAGCACCUGCGUGAGGCCUCAGGGAGAGUCCAUUGUCGAUUUGACAUGGGCAGCCCCUGCAGCAGUUCAUCUAGUCAGCGGCUGGGAGGUAUUGGAAAAAGAGACGGCGUCAGAUCAUCUCUAUAUUAAGAUGACCAUCUCAGCCGCUGCUCCGGAGAUGCUCAGCCGUCGCCGAGAUUUGGAGACCCGACCACGGAGAUGGGUCCUACGUAAGAUGGACGAGAAUCGCCUCAAAGCCGCGAUACUAUCAUCCACGUGGCCAGAAGAAGGACAAGGAGGAAAGGACGCCGACCAACAAGCGGACUGGCUCAGGGACACACUAACAGACGCCUGUGAUGUCGCCAUGCCCCGAGCCAAAUCCUCCCCCCGACGGGCCGCAUACUGGUGGACGGAGGAGAUUGCCACACUGCGCAGAGCCUCCAUUCGAACCAGAAGAGACUUCAUGCGCGCCCGCCGAAGAAGAAGUUCAUCGGCCGAAGAAGUUGCCGAAAAAUACGGCGUGUUUCGAGUCGUCCGGGAUGCCUUGGUAAAGGCCACACGAGCUGCCAAGGCCAAGGCGUGGACAGAGCUCCUCCAGACUCUGGAGGAAGACCUAUGGGGGCGCCCAUACCACAUAUUAUAG